AUGACGAAACACAGACAGUUAGUUGAUGCCAUUGAUGCCACAGUUGAUGAUGUGCUAAGCGCCUGUGUAAACAAGUACCCUGACGCUGCCAUCAUCGUGGCUGGAGACUUUAACAAGAAUAACCUCAGACAGGAAAUGCUCUGUUCCAAUGGUUGUGGGUUUUACGGCAAUCCGCGUAAUAACGGCAUGUGCUCGGUGUGCUACAAAGACUCCUUACAGCGACAGAACAAUAGCGGCAGGUCCAGCGAUCCAGUGUCUUCCAGCCUUAGCAGUAAAGGAGAAUCUGUGACCGUACAAUCGACGUCACAGCAUGAGCAGAACAGUCAGAGUUUUUCAACGCCAGCAGCAGCAGUAGUUACACAUAAAGAAGGUGCUUCAGCAGCUCAAUCAGGCCCGAAAACACCAGAAGAAGUGUCGUGCAGUAAAUUGAGGAGAAACAUCCAGGAGUCCAAGGCGGGUAGCUCAUCGCCGGAGGAUUGCAUAUCGAGAGGAAAGAGGAAGCUUGACGAAACUUGCCAGCCCAUAGAAAGAGUGUCUGCCUCAGAUGUCUCGGAGCAAACCUCAGAUGUACCAGAGCAAUCCAGACCCAAGAAAAACCGGUGCUUCUCUUGCCGCAAAAAAGUGGGGCUCACUGGCUUCGACUGCCGGUGCGGACACUUGUUUUGCAGCAUCCACCGAUACUCAGAUACUCACAGCUGUAGCUUCGAUUACAAGGCCGAUGCAGCUGAGAAGAUAAGGAAAGAAAACCCUCUUAUUGUUGGGGAGAAAAUCAAGAAAAUCUGAGUUAAGGAUUGCAAUUUUUUUUUUUUUUUUUUUUUUUUUUUUUUUUGUUACCCUCUUUACCUUAAAACCUUGAAUUGUGCAUGCUACAAUGAAACACAUACGCAAA